UUUUAACCGCCAAAAAUGCAAGAGAAAACAGCAUUUGUGUUAAUUGAUCCACUUAAUGACUUUUUGCAUUCAGAGGGCAAGGUAUAUCCUGCUCUCAAGGCUAGCAUUGAGGCUACCGACACAGUGGACAAUCUUCAAAAAUUUGUUGAAGCUGCAAGAAGUAGACAUAUUCCUAUCUUUUACUGCCAACACCAACUCUACGAAGAAGGCCAAUUUGAUGACUGGCACCACAUGUCAAAGAGCCAACUCAGAAUCCAACAAUCGAACACAUUCGCAGCAGGGAGCUUCGGAGCGGAAAUUUACAAAGGGCUGGAGCCGGAUCGCAGUAAUGGCGAUGCCAUUGUAUCACGCCACUGGAACAGCAGCUCUUUCGGCAAUACUGAUCUUGACUAUCAACUUCGCCAACGAGAUAUUACGCACGUCGUCUGUGCCGGCAUGGUCGCAAACACUUGUUUAGAAGCUACUGCUCGCUAUGCAGUUGAAUUGGGAUAUCAUGUCACAAUCAUAAGCGAUGCGACCGCUGGAUUUUCAGUUGAGCUUAGAGACGUUGCUGAGAAAGUUAUUUGGCCCACUAUUGUGGACGAAGUCUCGACUAUAGACCAAUGGACCGAAAAGUCCAACAGCGCAAAGUAAGUGGCGCAACUAUGGUGUCUGUCAUCCGGACUUGCCGGCGAGUGGGUAAAGACUGAGAGAAGUUCCUGGCAACGAGUCCAGCUUCUAAAU